GGCAACGCAACCGGCCCUCCGCGACUAUUUGUGGAUUUGGUUGUCAAUAAUCUUCUAAGUCCUGCCUCUAAGUGACGCAGGAUUGUGCGCUUGAAAUGCGGCCAUAGAGGAUGUCCUUCUCCAGCAGUCCUUUGGAAUGAGCAGCAUAAAUGAACAGCCAUGUACCUGGCAUGCAAGAAAGCUGAUCCUCAACCAGCCGCACCCCUAUGAUAUUAUGAAAAGGGCAGAUCUGACAUCUGCGAUAAUCAGAGGUUGGUUUUAAGGCAGGGUUGUUGGAGGACCCAAAAUCAGGGAGCCAACUCCGGAUGUUACGGCUCCUUUGAAAGGAGAUAAGAUGUCAUUCAGGCAAACAGAGGGCAUGUCUAUCAUGCAAGCCUUAGCCAUGACUGUGGCUGAGAUACCCGUUUUCCUGUAUUCCACCUUUGGGCAGUCCAUUUUCUCACAGCUUCGACUGACUCCGAGCCUGAAGAAGGUGCUGUUUGCAACGGCGUUGGGUUCUGUGGCCUUGGCGCUCACUGCGCACCACCUGAAGAGACGCAGCAGGAAGAGGAAGCAGAUAGCAGAAAAGGCAGGACCCAAGACAGUGGGCAUCCCAGAGCAGUUGCUACGCCCAGGAAGGCCCACAUCACUGAAGAGAGGUCCGUUUCCAGGCCGCCAGAUGUUGAGCCCAAGUACUCGCAGCAAUGAUACCAUGAGUGGAAUCUCUUCACUUGCUGCCAGCAAACACUCGAGCUCUUCACACACAUCCACACGACUGCCUGCAUCUCCCAACCAAUCAGGCACUGUACCCACACCAUGGGAGGCAGAGCCUGUGGCAGAGGAGCCAGGGGCAAUAGAAGAUGCAAAUGCAGAGAACUUGUACCUCAUCGGUAUGGAGCUGUUCGAGGAAGCACUGCAAAAGUGGGAGCAAGCACUGAACAUCAGACACCAGACUCAGUCCAACUCCUCUUCUGCUAACAGUCUCGUUCAACAGGGGGCAGCACUCACGCCAGAAGCUCGCAAUCGAAAAUUUGCAGAAAAACUGGAGUCCCUUCUGCACCGGGCUUAUCAUUUGCAGGAAGACUUUGGUAGCACCAUACCAGCAGAUAGCCUGCUAGCUGACCUUGAGAGUGAAGGCACGUUAAUUCUGCCCAUUGUCGAAAGCUCCCGUGGUGUCCGGGACGAUGAUGCCGCUACCAUCACCUCAGACGAUUCUUUUUUCUCUGCAGCCGAGCUGUUUGAUGCAUUCACUCCCGAUGAGGUGUAUCAGCCACUCAAACCCGCAGCUCUGUAUGAAGAAGCGCUGACUUUAGUGAGAGAAGGGAAAGUAGAAUGCAGAUCACUCAGAACUGAUUUACUGGAGUGUUACAGUGAUCAAGACUUCCUGGCUAAGCUCCACUGUGUCCGACAGGCUUUCCACGUGUUACUGGUGGAUGAAACUCACAAGAAUUUCUUCAUGGAAACAGGCAAACAGAUGAUCAUUGGACUCAUGGUCAAAGGCAACAAGAGUCCAAAGGCAUUUUUGGAGAGUUAUCAGGACAUGUUGCUGUACACUCAACGAGAGGAGACAUGGCCAACCACCAAGAUGGAGCUUGAGGGACGAGGGGUGGUGUGCAUGAACUUCUUCGACAUCGUGUUGGACUUCAUUCUUAUGGAUGCAUUCGAGGACCUGGAGAACCCACCGACCUCCGUGGUUGCCGUCUUGCGGAAUCGAUGGCUCUCGGACAGUUUUAAAGAGACGGCUUUAGCUACAGCAUGUUGGUCAGUGCUGAAAGCCAAAAGGAGGUUGCUGAUGGUUCCAGAUGGGUUCAUAUCUCAUUUCUAUGCCAUCUCGGAACACGUGAGUCCGGUUCUGGCGUUCGGCUUUCUGGGGCCCAGACAGCACCUGACUGAAGUGUGCACUAUUUUCAAGCAACAAAUUGUGCAGUACCUAAAAGACAUGUUUGACCACGACAAAGUACGCUUCACCUCAGCUCAGUCGCUGGCCGAAGACAUUUUGAGUUUAUCUCACCGGCGCACCGACAUCCUCAUGGGCUACCUGGGCAUCAACAGUCUGCCAGAAGCUAACGGAGCACUGCCUGCUAGCACGGAUGCACAGGACUGAUGAAACAACUGUGGAAAUUGUCUAUAAGAAAAUUGUCUAUAAGAACUUCUUUAAUUCCAGACCAAGAGGCACAUCUAGGUUCAUAAUCUUUAGCAGACUGAAACGUAAACUAUCAGUAAAUAUCUUCAGCAAGACGAGAAUAAUGGAACGCUUGAAUUCAAGAACAGGUGCAGUUUGCAGAAUUUGGAUUCUGGACUCUGAAACUCCUAAACUACAGAUCUUGAAGUAUCAGUUGCUGGUAACUCCUGCAUAUGUUAUACAGGAAAAUGGAUUUGAUGGAAGUCUCCUUGUUUUAUUUGCACCAAGCAGAUCUGAUUGAUUCGCAGCUUGCCACCUGGUACAACUGAAGAUCGCAGUUUCUGACGCCUGGCUGACAAAAUCUAAAAUAAAUCAAGUGAUGUUCAGAACCAAAAUGUAUAACUGAAAAUCUUCAAUCCUUUGCACGGUGUUUUGUAGAUGGGGGGCAAGUUGAUUUGAUUCCUGCCUCCACCCCAUGGUUCUGGUGUCUGCAUGUUCUUCCCCAUGCUGCGAGGGCGUCAUCAGGGUACUCCAGUUUCCCCAGUGUAAAGAAAUGUGUUGAUUGGCAUUUCUAAAUUAUCUGUGGUGUGUGUAUAUGAGUGUGCCCUGAGAUGGGUGCUCAGCAUGUCCCCCACCAUGUUCCCCACCUUCUUCACCUAUCUUGGGUUAAGCUCCAGGCUUCCCAUGAUUUUGUGUAGGAUAAGCUGUACAGGAAAUGGAUAGGUGGAUGUUAUGUACUGUCUCUGCCAGCUGGACUUACUCCAGUUGAAAUUGAAAUUAUUCCAUUUGAAACCCCAGAAGCUGAGAUAAUUGGAAAUUGCCACUUUGUCACCUUUAAUCGAUCAAGCACUAAACAAGGAAUAUUGUUUUCAAGAACUGAAUAAAACACUCAGAUGGCGAUCCAAGUUCCAUUUGUCCAUCAGAUCUCCAGCUAGCUCUAUUGUACGUUUUGGAGCUGAACUCGGACCUCCCUUGAGAGCAUUCAGAUCUACAGUUUGAAUAUAUGACAGAGAAUCGCUGCUUUCCGAGGCUAAUUUAAUCCCACAACCACUGAAGAAGCUGCGUGAAUGCCACCACCAUCAUACAAUCACACUUAGACACGUAGUCUUAAGUUGUUUCUUGCUGCUAGGUUUCUGUUUUACUCUGUCCCUUACAUACCCUUGUACAUAAUUUUGUCUUCUGUCAAAAUAAUGAAUGAUUAAUGAUAUAGAGUAUGUGUCGCUGGAGAUCUGAGAGAAAUGUGUGUUAUACGUACUCCCAGCAAUCAGAGGUGGUUUGUGUUCUAGCCAGAUCAAGCUCUCUGGCAGGUGGUUAUUGUCUGUUCAGUAUCAGCAGUCUAUUUUCUGUAAUUGUAACGUUCAAUCAGGUUAUAAUUAUCAUUCAGGACAGCUAAACGGGUAUUUAGGGCACUGAAGAAUGCGAGCGACGCUUAUAAAGGGUCACUGUGGGUUGGAUAAGACUGGGUUUUGUGUCAAGUCAAACUUUAUGGUUUAUUUAAGGUUUAAGGUGAAGCUUUCUACUGUGAAUGAACUGCAUUGAAUGACCCAAUAAUGAAUUCUAUAUCAUUAUGCUUUAGUUUACAUUGUGUAACAUUAAGUGUUUCCUGAUCCUGCUCUUGUAAUACCUAUUGUAUUGCUACAUUUUUUUUUCUGUGUUAUAAUGCUACUCUUUUUUUUUUUCUUUUAAAUAAAAUGCAGGAUUAGGAUACAUGCCCUAUGAUUUGUCAAUGCUAUUUUUAACUUGCCCUUAUCUCCUUUCUUUUUUUUAUGAUCUGUAUGCAUUAUGUUGCUCAAAUGGAGUGUGCACUAGGAGAUUGUCUUUACUGUGGAAGAUUCUCUGUCUUUUCCCAAGCUUUUGUCUUUUAUAAAGAGUUGUAAACUCAAGCAAAAUCAAAUACUGAAGCUGCAUGAGCUACAGAUUGAGGAGUCUGUUUGACUGUGUGAUGUGUAAGGUUGAAGUCUAUAGUUGAAAACUGAGCUACACGAUGGAAUUGCCAUUGGAUGGAUAGAAAUGAUGUUUCAGAGAAAACAAAGUCAAGACUUUGACAUAUGGCCGUUGUUUUCUCAUCAGUCGCUAGUGUAAUCACGAAUAUGUAACAGAAAAUAAGAGUCUCUUAAUCGGAGCUACUGACUCUUAGGUCAUAUCUCUUCCAAGAUGUACUAAAAAUAAAGAUAAAAAACUACUCAUUUUCUAUAGGCUUUCAGGACUAGCUAGUUAAACUCAGUACAAAAAAAAUCAUGCAAUCUAGUUUAUAAUCAUUACCAAUGAGAGACACAUUUCUAUGGGGAAAACAAUAGACGUGUAAUAGUAUUUUGUUUUUCUUAUUGUGUAUUUCUUUUCAUAAUGUUUUGUUUUUCCAUUUCCUCCUAUUUAACACCAACCAAGUCCAACCUACUGUAUGUCCUAGCCUUCAUUUGCUGAUUUUGCACUUUUUUCUUCAUUUGUAUCCAUCAUGAGCUAUAUCUAUUUUUGUAGAGGUUUAGAAGUUGAUGUUAGAAUGUUAAAGGCAGAAUAAUGCACAGAAAAAAAACUGACAAAAAUAACAGUGCCAAAAAUAAUCGGCCAGCAUUUUCAAGUAAAAUGAAGAGAUUUCUAGUUCAUAUGCACAGUUAGUACACCCCUAUUACAUGGUAAGCAUUUAAAGCCUGAUCAUUGAUACAAUUUGGAUCCUUUGUGCCUGUGUUCUGUAUGACUUUGUCGGUUUAUCUGUUUAUUCUGGCCCUGUGCUUUAUAUCCAUGUGGAAAUUCCUUCACAUGGAGAAAUGUUGACAUUUUCUUCUAUAGUUUGGAAAGAAUCCAUACUGACACAUUGAGAGCUGAAAUCUGGUUAAAAAAUUAAUUGAGUUGAGCUUAUGUCAGAUUUGCUAUGACACCUCAACUUGGCCUUCAAAAUCACCUCACUAGCAAGGUUUUAGACUUUAUUUUUAAUCGCUAUGUUCCAUAAGCUGACUCCUAAACUAUUUACAGGAUGCUGAGGUAUGGUUAAAUAAAUAAUGUUUUUCUAAUCUGUUCUCAGUUAAAGUGUAUAUCAGUUAUCCAGAGUUCACACUGGCAGGUGACGAGUCUCUGAGGUCACUUGUAGUCUAUUGUGAGCAUGUACAUUUUUUUGAGUGUGCACCGUUUCAGUGAGAUCAUGUGAUCAUGUAAUAGCCAAAAUAUUUAGAUUGAUAUCUACAUCCCACUAUAUGAUUUAUACACACGACACUGGUUUAAAAACUCACCAGAGACUCUGAUAGUUUAUUCCAAGUGUUAAUUUUUCUACAUAAUGUCUCUUGUGUAUUACAGGAUAAGAUAAAUCCAUGCGAUAUAUAUUCUGCCCAAACUAGUCAAAUGGUAAACGGGAACUAAACGUAGGUCAGAAAUUAGGUAACUGGCAAAACUGUUGAUCUCAUGCGCCUUUCGAUUGGUCUGUAAAAACCAUUUAAGCCUUUUUUGUUUUGUUUUUCCACAUAAUCUAAUGUGUGCAGAAUUGAGAAAAUUUUGAUUAUAAUGACAUCAUGGCUCUAUGUCUCAGGUUUACAUACAAAAUGAAUCAUCUGUCGUGUUGUUGCUUGUUGGUGUGAACAUAAGGUCUAGCUUGGAACAGAAUUAAUACUGUACAAGUCAAUAUCAUGCUUUUCAGUACAUCGCACUGCUUGUUUCUUGCUUUCAUCUGUAAAGAGGACACUACAUUAGCAGUACAGGCUAAAGAAUUUUUUCCUUAGAGCUAACUGUUUAAAAGCACUGCUCUUUAAGAGAGGAUUGUAAAUUGUAGCAUACAGUGUGAUGCCUGAAUGAUUGAACCUUAAUUCUUCAAUUCUUUUCUCAUACAUGCUGAUUGUAUCUUUGAAUCAGCUGUUAAAUAUACUGAUGUUUGAACUGUUUUUCUUAACUAUUGUUUCAUAUUCUUUAUAUCUCUAUUAUUUUUUUAGAUCUAUAUUUUUUUAGAUGAUGAUGAUGAUGUGGCACUUUACACAGAGCACAUGGGAACAAUUUUGAGUAACAACAAAAACUAAUGUCAUGUCUUGUGCAGUCUCAGCACAAGCUUUGAGAUAGAUGUUAACUGGCUGUAUUCAAAUCCAUCCACAUAAAUAUGACAAUUCUGCAAGAUAUUGACGUUUUACUGUGUGUACAAUACAAAGUGAUUCAAUUUAUACACAGAUUAUGAAUUAUGUAGAAACUUAUGAGGAAUGGUUUUGUUAGAGAUAUACUUCAGGAUAUUCAUGAUCAUUCAUUAACAAACCAUACAUGUGUAACGAUUAUAGGAAAGCAAGUUUCAGUCACAUACAGUAUGGCAAAAAUUAUAAUACCAUAUUCUCUAAUGUGCAGCUCAUCACAUGCUUGUGUGUUAAUUGGGUGUUGAUUAUUUCACUGUUAACUGUCUUGUUUAAAAUGGAAAAAAAAAAUUCAAUCACAGGUUGUGUCUCAGAUUUUACACAAGCAAAAGUCUAAGUGGUGCUUUUUGAGCAUAUGUCUGUUUCAUCAAAUAAUUUUGAAUUUUUUAAUUCAUUUAGAUGGUUGUGAUCAUUUUGGUUAGCCUAAAUGGAUCUGCUGAGUUUUACCUUCUCAAAGUGCACUGAAAUCUUCUAGAAAAGCAGUUAAAGAUUAAAAAAACAAAUAUUUUAUUCUGAUAUAAUGUGCAGGAGCCGGAAAAACAUUCUUCCUUCUUAUUUCCAUUUGCCUUUGGUGUAAGGCCUGGUUGUAAAUUCCAGCACAAAACUGCAGCAGUCGUUUCAGACAUUUGUAUUUUGUGUUUCUUGUGUCUGUACUUUUAAUGGACAUUAAAAACUUAAUUUUCACCGUU